AAAUGCUUAUUAAUUAAUAAAAUAAUAAUUGACAGGUUGAGAGGAACAUCGACUUGGUUUAUGGAGGUGGAAGUGUUGGAUUAAUGGGUCUUAUCUCCCAAUCUGUAUAUAAUGGUGGUCGCCACGUGUUAGGGGUGAUUCCCAGAACUCUGAUGCCCAGAGAGAUCACAGGAGAACCUGUUGGAGAAGUGAAAGCAGUAUCUGGUAUGCACCAAAGGAAGGCAGAAAUGGCUAAGCAAGCUGAUGCAUUCAUAGCCUUGCCAGGUGGCUAUGGUACAUUGGAGGAACUCCUAGAAGUCAUCACUUGGGCUCAACUCGGAAUUCACGAUAAACCGGUAGGUCUGCUCAAUGUAGAUGGGUACUACAACUCACUUCUGUCUUUUAUAGACAAAGCUGUUGAUGAAGGUUUUAUUACACCAUCUGCCCGUCAUAUAAUUGUUUCUGCCCCAACUGCCCAUGAACUUAUGUCCAAGCUUGAGGUACACCACCAUCCAAGUACACUUCCCCCCUGCCCCAUCUCCCCCACGUGCCACGACUAGCGACUUGACAGAUAUUCAAUGUUAGGGAUUACAUUCCCAAGCAUAAUGGAGUUGCGUCGAAGCUGAGUUGGGAGAUAGAGCAACAACAAUUAGGUUACUCAACGAAAUCCGAAAUUGCUCGUUAGCCUCUAUCUAGUUUAUAUUCCUCCCAAGUAUUCAGGCAAAGAUACAUACAAGAAGUUCAUCAAUUGACACAGGCAACAUGUUAGAAGCAAAGAAUGCUUGCUAGCUCCACAAUCCAACUGAUUUUCAUUUUGGAUUUUUACCAAAUUUACGUCGAGUGUCAACUUUUGAUUGAUUUGCACAUAGUUCUAAUCUGGAUAAACAGUAACUGUAAUUUUGCUAGUAAGUUUACAAUGGUUGUUCACUUCUAUUUUCAUUUCAAUUUUAAACAAUCUUUUAAUAAAUGUAACGAUAAAUGAGUCAUAAUGACAUUUAUGUACUCUUCAGUUAAGUUUA